AUGACCAUGAUUGCUCAGGCGGUGAACGUGAAAGUCACAAUGAUACUUUGGAUCUGUGGUGGUAUUGGAGUCGACUUGUUGGUGACUGUUGUGAUCCUCCAAAACUUGAUCAAGUCCAGGACUGGAUGGAAGACGACGGACCGAACUAUCAAGAAGCUUUUGACUAUCCUCGUCGAGACUCAGAUUCCCCCUAUCAUCAUCAUGAUCAUCUUCCUCAUUUCUUACAUUGGGUACAGCGGCACCUACCUUGACAUCUGGCCGCAAUGGGUACAGUCAAAGUUUUACGUUUGCGGUCUCAUGGCGUCUCUCAACAGCCGAUACUUCCUUCGCCGUGCAUUGGUGGGCAGCGAGAGUCAGCGGGCGACUCAGCAGCCUACUGUUGUCCAUGUUUUGACCGAGACCCACGUACAGAAGAGCGAAAGUGAUCCUUCGUCCAAAGAAGGUGGCAAACCUUUCUUGGCUAGACUCGCCACCGACAACAAGACUGCCCCCCGUAACUAUCCCCAAGCCAGCCCUUUCACUCCUCGCCGGGUGACCCGCCCUCCUCUCGAUAUCGAUUUAGAUGCCGACAAUGACUCCCUCGACGGCAAGACUGUGACGCUGGGAAGUGAUCGGGACGACGGUCACAAACUUGAUUACAUCGAGAAUGCUAGCAGGACGGGGCUGACGGCAGACGUAGAGGUCCUGAAGCAGGGGGCGCACGCGGUGUAG